UCGCCGUCUAAGUGAGAGAAGGAGACAGAGCAAACAAAGUGGGGAACGCCAGUACAUAUCCCUUACUCUCUGCAUGCUCUCUCUCUCUCUUCCAAAAGUGACCACACCCGUAACAGAAACAACUCUCCAUAAAACCCUCUCCAUCUUCAUCUUUCUUCUUCGUCAAGCCUUUGCAACUAGGCUUUCCUAUUAAGCCAUGUCUUCUCCUCUUUUUCUUGUUCUUCCCCUUUAUCUCCUCCUUCUCUUCUUCUCAAGCCAAUCUUGCCAAGCUCGACGACUUCGCAUAUCACCCGAUGAUAACGAUCCAACCAGAGAGCUUGAUAUUUCUAACAAGAACCAAGCAAAUAUAAAGGUAGAGGUGCAGCCUGUUCGGGUGGCAGCAGUGAAGCCAAUCGAUGAAAAGGUUGGAAGUGGAAAGCAAGAAGGAAACUUAGUGCCCGCGAAGAAGACAACCAGUGAGAGCAGGGAGCUUCCAGGGGCCGAGUCUGUCGUAUCUACCUCUCAUGUUGUUAAACGGCAGCUGAAAAAAUUAGAGGGACCAACGAAACUGGAACAGUACUCUGCCGGGGAAUUCCAUGUAAGUGAAGGAGCAGCUGAGUCUACGGAACUUGAUGUUUCUGACAUAGUAGUCAUGGAUUAUCCUCAACCCCACCGGAAACCACCAAUUAAUAACAAGGCACCAUAGUCAUACUUUACUCCCUACAUACAGCCAGAGUUUUCUGCAAUAGUUAACCGGCUGCUCGAUGUCCGGGUAUUCCUUACUCAACAGUUGCAGAUUAAAUUAUGUUGUGUCACUUGAUGGUGUAUCUAUAGAUUAAUUUUUGUCUGCUUUAGUGUUUUUUUGUAGAUUGCUUAGGGGUGGAGUAGUGCAACCUAACAAUUCUUUGGCAUUGUUGUGUACGUUCGUCUUUAAAAUAAUAGUUAGGUAUAGGCAUGUUCACUCAUAGAGAUUAGCCGGCGAUUCCUGUAACAAAGAGAAGUUUGGUGUAAUUGAAAGGGCCAGUUGACAGUU